AAGGCGGAGAAGCCGAAGAGGGACGCCACGGGCACAUCAGUGAGGGCACAACUGGUCUAAUCUAGGACAAACGCCAAGAGAAUAGGCACCUGAGGGACUUUCUUGUUGAAGAUCAGGUGGAAGAGGAGUGGGCAGUUACUUCAACACUUUCCUGGACAAAGGCAAAGACCAUAUAUACCCAGGGUUUCACUCAGAGACAGCUAGACCGCUGAAGCCCUGAGCUGGGGGAGCCCUGUACUCAGCCUCCACUCACCUCACCUGGCCUGCAUUUCACCCAUCAACCCCCUUCUACCACCACAGACUCGCCGCAGCCCAGCCUGUCGUCACUAUGACGUCGGAGCUGGAGAGUAGUCUGACCUCCAUGGAUUGGCUGCCUCAACUGACCAUGCGGGCAGCCAUCCAGAAGGCUGAUGCCCAGGGGCACCACGGGGGGCCGGGCAUGGGCAAGAAGAGUGCAAUGCUGGACCCCAACACCACUCUGGACCAGGAGGAGGUCCAGCAGCACAAAGAUGGCAAGCCGCCUUACAGCUACGCCAGCCUCAUCACCUUUGCCAUCAACAGCUCGCCUAAGAAGAAGAUGACCCUGAGCGAGAUCUACCAGUGGAUCUGUGAUAACUUCCCCUACUACAGGGAGGCAGGCAGCGGCUGGAAGAACUCAAUACGGCACAAUCUGUCAUUGAACAAGUGUUUUCUCAAAGUGCCUCGCUCCAAAGAUGACCCAGGAAAGGGCUCCUACUGGGCCAUCGACACCAACCCAAAGGAGGACGCCCUGCCCACACGGCCAAAGAAGAGGCCGCGGUCCGGAGAGCGAGCUUCCACACCAUACACCCUGGAGUCGGAGUCUUUGGGAAUGGACGGUAUGAUCUCUGGAAGUGCCUCUCCAACUCUGGCAAUCAACACUGUGACUAACAAGGUGGCAUUAUACAACCCAGACCAGGAUGGGAGUGACAGCCCAAGAAGCAGCCUUAACAACAGCCUGUCUGACCAGAGUCUGGCCUCCGUCAAUUUAAACAGUGUGGGCAGCGUGCACAGCUACACACCGGUGACUAACCACCCAGAGCCAGUGUCUCAGUCGAUGAGCCUCCAGCAGCCCCAGUACAACAUGCCAGAGAGGGACAAGCAGCUCCUCUUCUCCGACUUUGAAGAUCUCAGUGCCUCUUUCCGCAGCCUUUACAAGUCUGUCUUUGGGCAGUCCUUCAGCCAACAGGGUUUGAUGGGCAUGCCAACGGAAUCGUCCCAACAGACCCACACCUCCUGCUCCUAUCAGCACUCACCCAGUGGCACCAUUAGCACCCAGAACACCCUGACAAACAACCACUCCAGCAGCGGUGGCCAGGUGCCUCUGUCCCACCCUCCCCAGCUCCCUGGCCAGAACGCCCACCCGGGCCAUGGCUCGCCACACACACAGCACAUCUCCCAGCACGGCCCACACAACCAACAUGGCCAGCACAACCAACACGCCCAACACACCCAGCACCAGCACCCCCAUCACCCUGCACACUCCCAGCAUGGUCCGCACCCAUCGCAGCACGCCCAGCAGCAGCACACGCCGCACCCCUCCCAACACGCACAGCACACCCAGCACCCCUCCCAACACUCCCAGCAGCACAGCCAGCACCCCUCCCAGCAGCAGCAUCAGACUCUGGCUCACCAGCCCCAUCCUGCCCAGCAACAGAUGGCCUGCAACACGGGUCUGCCCUCUGACUGGUACCCAAAUCUGGACGCACUGAAAGAGAGCUGCCGUAUUGCCAGCAGUUAUAACUGGGCUGAUGUCGACCUCUCACCUUUUCAAGGACUGAAGGAGAGCAUGAGACUAGCAGAGCAGAACAACUGGGCCCUGGAGCCCACACAGAUCGCAGAUCUCUGCUCAUCUAUCAACCAGUUCUUCGCCCGCACCGGCGUCAUUCAGCCACAGGGGGCAGUGCAGCCCGUACCCGUAUGCCAUGGUUCCAUGCACCCCAACAAGCCCAGCCAGCACAUGGCCACAGGAAAUCUCUACAUGGACUCAAGACAGAGCAUGUCUAUGAUGGGCCCCCCAGGAUACCCCCACAUGCCCCCAAUGAGCAGCGCAGGUCCCACAAUGACAGGACACCAUGCGCAGAUGAACCAGCAGCACAUGAUCUCUCCCAGAAACUUCCAGAUGCACCGCAUGCCAGCUGAUGACAUCCAGGAUGACUUUGACUGGGACUCCAUUGUCUAAUGUUAGAUGUUCUGCCCCUAACGAGGAACGGUCAGGUGGUGCAGAGCAGGUGGAAGUAGGAGGAAGAAGCCAGGCUGAGCUGUACGCUCUAGCGAGGAGAAUGACUGUUGCUGGUGGGAUACAGAACAGAAGAGCAGGUGUCGUUUUGGGAGGAUAGAGGGAGAGACUUCAGAGUGCUGCCAUUUUUACAAACAAAAUGAAACAUACAAAAUAAAGGUUACUUUGAAGACAAUCAUAUUUACUAGGACAUGUUUAAGUGGUGGCUUAUAUGCUUGUCUUGACCAGGCAAGUAGCACACGUUCAUGUCGAAACAAAUCCUCCAGUCCUCGUUCCUCAGCCAGCCCUCUCCCAUCCCCCUCCCAGACAGCAGCUUUCCAAAGUUCCCCCAGCUCCCUCCGUAACUGUUGUGAUUUGAGCGACUUGUUCCGCUUGUUAUCCUUCUCGUGUUGACUUCAGGCCUCAGCUGCCUCUUGGAUGAGUUUGUCUCUCUUUAUUCGUUUUUAUUAUUUUAUGGAAAACGCAGGCCGCCUGUGGUGCUUGUUGGUCAGCUUUGGGUGGACGAUGGAUCCCCUAUAGUGGGUUUAUUGGUAGGAAGGUUAGGCUCCCCAAUAGUGGGUUUAUUGGUAGGAAGGUUAGGCUCCCCAAUAGUGGGUUUAUUGGUAGGAAGGUUAGGCUCCCCAAUAGUGGGUUUAUUGGUAGGAAGGUUAGGCUCCCCAAUAGUGGGUUUAGUGGUAGGAAGGUUAGGAUCCUCAAUAGUGGGUUUAUUGGUAGGAUGGUUAGGCUCCCCAAUAGUGGGUUUAUUGGUAGGAUGGUUAGGCUCCUCAAUAGUGGGUUUAGUGGUAGGAAAGUUAGGCUCCCCAAUAGUGGGUUUAGUGGUAGGAAGGUUAGGCUCCCCAAUAGUGGGUUUAGUGGUAGGAAGGUUAGGCUCCCCAAUAGUGGGUUUAGUAGUAGGAAGGUUAGGCUCCCCAAUAGUGGGUCUAUUGGUAGGAAGGUUUACAAUAACUGAGGUUAUGUUUUGAACAGGGUGUUUUGCAUUGAACUAGGCUUCACAUAAAGAACACAAAUGCUUUAUCAUAGAGCAUUGUCCUUUUAACCAACACAUCUGGCCCAUAAAAAUAAACCUAAUUGUGUACAUUCAGAAACAUUACAGGCAGUAUUUGUUGUGGUUUUGUGUCUAUUCUGUCAACAAUGUCAUACCUUUAUCUCCAAUACUCCAACAAGACUGAAACUGGUAGAUGAAUUCCAGACCUCAUCACCUUUUUUUCCCCACCUUUGUCUGGCUUUUUUUUCCUUUGUCAAAAUAAUAAUUAGACUGAAAGUAGUCUCAUUCUCAAUCACUACAUCCUUCCACUGGUCCCGCAAUCAAUGAGAUUGAUUAUAAUUUCCCUGUACUAGUGUAUUAAGGGAAUAGUUUGUAGUUAAUACACAAAAUGAAUGAGUACAAGUAUACGCCUGUAGGUGUCUAUUCAUUAUAUUAAACUCAGUGUAAAUGCAGCACAAUGAACUGUAGGAUAUUUUCCUGUUAUCUUCUGAUGCAGGAAAUGUACUGAUUUAAAUCAAUUACUACAAGCAAUAGGAAUGUUCUUCAUUCAGAUGCUAUACGUCUGAAGUCAUCAGAAUUGAUCUCCCAAAUAUCUUCUUGGUUGUGACCGUCAGACUUACACUGUAAGGCAGAAAAUAUGCUGAAAUACGAUAUAAAAAGGGAACGAGGUGUGUGUGUGUUGCCCUAAAAUUACAAUCAUCUGCAUAUGCUAUCAACGAGCACAAAACAGAUGCAGAAAAAAGAGAUGAAAGCAAGGGUUCAAGGCAGAUGUGCGUUUUGCAGGCAGGGUUUCUUAUGUUGAGAAAUGAGCUCUAUCUGGUCAACAGCCAGGUGGAGAUGGAGGAUGAGAGACUUGAGGUUCUGGAAACACUCCUGUCCUCUCUGUCCCUCUUUGGCGCCUUAAUCAGACUGGCCCUGAACCCUCAUCAUGGUGCUGCGUUGAACCUAUAUGGGAGCUUUGUCUGGGUAGAGCACAGUUCAUCUUCCCUUUUUAAUUUGUUCCUCCACUAUUGGCCCCUUAGAUAAACUAAAUCUGUGGCUGGAUUUUGUUUUACUCCAUUUCUGAAAAUGUUUAGUUUUUUUAAACAAACAAAAAUCAUGACAUUGUUUUGUAAUAUCACAUAAACACCAGUGGGCCAGACACCAAAAUGUCUCGUGACAGUGUACAUGUGUAGAUACUGAACCGCCAUUGUCCUUUUGAAACAGGAGGCAGAAGACAAGAAGGGAAGCUUGGCUGAAGCUAGUGCUAGCUCUUCUCACAGCUAGCUAUACUGCCAGGCACAUCUGCAAGGUUUCACAGAUCUUUUAGCAGCCAGUUCGUUAAUACUGCCCAUUGUUUUGAUCUUAAAUGUUUUUUUCUUUCUUUUCCUCCAUCUUUUUCCUUUUCUUACUUCUGCUACUUUUACCUGUACCGGAUUUUCGGUUAGAUUCCCAAAUGUUCAUUGUAUUUGAAAGCGUUGUGUGUGGCUGAUUGUCUUGCCUGUGGAUACCCAUUGAGUGUUUAGGCUUUGUUUAAUGGCCAAAAUCAGUCAGUCAGUUAGUCAGUCAGUCAGUCAGCCAUUUAAAGCACAGUCUGAUUGCUCAUUCAGUUAAAAAGCCAAGAUCACUUAAGAUUGUCCACCAUUGAGCCCUUCAUUAGUGAAGGAGGACUACUUUAUGGAGAAGAGAUCAGUGUAGCGAUUUUGAAUUGACCAUUUGAUUGCUAGUUGAAGUCAGCGUGGGUGCUACAGACUCUGGGACUGACCUAAGGAAUGGGUGUUUAGAGGGACACGGUGAGAAUGUGGAUAUAAAAGUGAUAGGGAAGUCUUGGCAGCCCAUGGUUUUGUAUGUUGCAUUUCAUCACUGGUAAUGAUGAGGGCACUAAUGAAAAACUCUCAGACAGCCGUAGGGUAUGUAGUAAAUCCACCCCCACAGCUCAGGAGAUGGGAUGGGCUGGAAAGAGCUCAUGGAUGUGAUCAGAGGUAAAGAGGAAGGGAAAGACAAUGACUGGAUCACCCUCUUAACUGUGUGUGCUUGUGUGUCUGUGUGCGAGUGAGUACAUUUUGUUUAAAAAGACAAUUCAAUUUUUUAAAUACUGCUGGAGAUGUACCUGCCAGAGAGAUUACUAUGAUAUGAAAAAAGAAAAUAAGCCUUGUUCGCUUGUUACAUUACGGAGAAAACUGCCAAGAAGUACUGCUGAUUGAGGCCUAUUUUAUUCAGUGCUGGUGUGUUGUUGUGCUUCUUGUAAAUAAAUGUCUUUUCAAUCAUCCCUUUUUCCUCUUGCGGGCGGGACAUCAAGGCAAGGGGUUGGUCUUACUCAUGAAAGAGGGAAAAGAAUAGAGUAUUUUGUUAUUGUCCAAUCAGAGGGUGAGACCGUAUGUGUAUAUAUCUAUAUUGUAUAUAUGUGAUGAAAAUGUGUUGGCUUUUUGUGACACUACCUUUUACCUGUACUAUGGUUCUACAUUCAGUGUUUCAAUGUUGAUAAUAUAUAUUUUGUUAUGUUUUUCAGUUUUUCAGUUUGUCUUUGUCAUUUCUUGUAUUUGUUUUCUUUUUCUCCUUUUUGUCCUCUUGGUUAUUGCACGGUUUAUUACUUUUGCUGUCCAAUGAGGUGAUACAGCUACUCUUUGUAUUGGUUUAGUGCUGUAAAAUAACUUGUUAUUAGAGUUGUCGAUACCACCCCCAUCCCCAAUAUGCAUGAAUGGCACUUAAACAAAUAAAAUGUUAACUUCACUGUGGAA